AUGUUCAAAAAACCGAAUAAAUUAAACAUAGUCGUAAUAGGAGCUGGAGUCAUAGGUCUAACAUCAGCAAUCAGACUACAAAACGAAUUAAAUCAUCCAUCAAAUGUUGUGUUAAUAUCAGACAUAUUGACCCCUGAUACCACUGGUGAUGGAUCUGCAGGGUUAUGGGGUCCAUUUCUAUGUGGCAGAACUCCAGCUGAGGACAUCAAUCGCUGGUCAAAUGCUACUCACAUUUUAUGCAAGGAGCUCUGGCUGAAAGGCCAUGCUGAAAAGGCUGGAAUAUGCCUCAUGCCAGUUUAUCGCCUGACGACAGAACCUCAAGGUUAUCCUGCACCUGAAUGGUGUCACAUAGUAUAUGGUUGUCACCAAUUAAGUGAAAAACAAUUGGAAGAUUUAAGUUCAGAGCAUUCAAGGAAAUAUACAGGUGGUCAUCACUUCGUAUCAUUCUCGUUAGAACCAACAAAGUUUCUGCCGUAUUUAAUGAAAAUAUUUGAAGACAACGGCGGACAUAUAAUUCGAAAAAAAAUUUCAAACUUUCAAGAUUUGUCAAUGUUCGAUUUGAUUGUUAACUGUACAGGAAUAGGAGCUAAAAAACUUGCCAAAGAUGAAAGCGUACAUCCUAUAAGAGGACAAGUAUCCAGGGUGUUUGCUCCCUGGAUUUUCCAAGUGGUUUUGGACGAUAGCGAUGUGGGAAAUUAUAUUAUACCAAAUAUGGAAUCUGUUGUUUUGGGAGGAACACACCAAGAAGGUGAUUUCAAUAGAGAUGUCGACGACAAAGAUUCGGAGUUUAUUAAUGAUGGUUGCGCUGAUAUUGUACCCUCGCUGAAGAAAGCCAGAAUGAUUAAAGAAUGGGUAGGACUCCGACCUGGACGAUAUGAGGUUCGUUUGGAACUAGAAAAAAUAAAUGGCAUACCAGUGAUACACAAUUAUGGUCAUGGAGGAAGCGGUGUUACCUUGAGUUGGGGUUGUGCUGAAGAUGUUGUGAAAUAUGUCUCGCAAUACUUUGAAAAUGAUUCAAAAUUCAACAAAUCUAAAUUGUGAUGUUCACUAGGCAUGUCUAUACCAUUUGUUUGAAUCUCCUU